AUGGAUCCAUCCUUACUUCGUGAUCGUCUAUUAUUUGCCAUUCCAAAGAAAGGCAGACUUCACGAAAAAUGCAUAAGCUUAUUACAAGGCGCAGACAUUAUCUUUCAUCGUCACAAUCGUCUCGACAUCGCACUUGUACAAAACCUUCCGAUAGCAUUAAUUUUUCUUCCAGCCGCCGACAUUGCAAAAUUCGUGGGUGAAGGGAACGUUGAUUUAGGAAUCACAGGUCAAGACAUGGUUGCGGAAGCAGAGGUCUCUGAUAAAGUCGUUGAACUAUUAGAGUUGGGAUUUGGUAAAUGUAAACUACAAGUGCAGGUCCCAGAGAAAGGAACUUUUUCGAGAGUUGAAGAAUUGAGCGGGAAACGAAUUGUUACUAGUUUUAAGUGGUUGGUUGAAAAAUAUUUUCAAGCAUUAGACGCGAAGGUGUUAAAUCCAGAAGAAAUUGCGAAAGGGAAAGGAACACGUAUUCAUUACGUUACUGGUAGUGUGGAGACUUCAUGUGCUUUAGGCUUAGCAGAUGGCAUAGUUGAUUUAGUUGAAUCCGGCGAGACAAUGAAAGCAGCUGGUCUACAUGCAAUCAGUACAAUUCUAGAGACACAAGCCGUCCUAAUUCGCAACAAAAACCCAUCGAAUCCCGAUCUUGUCACAAAAAUCACAUCACGCAUACGUGGUGUAAUAGCCGCCCAAAAAUACGUUCUCUUAAACUACAACAUUGAACGCACGCAACUCAAGAACGCCACGAAAAUUACACCUGGUCGUCAAGCACCUACUAUCAGCGCGUUAGAAGAUCCUGAUUGGGCCGAGGUUCAAGCUAUGGUUGAAAAAUCUCAGGUUGCUGAAAUAAUGGAUCGGAUCGAGGAUAUUGGUGCCAAGGAUAUUCUCGUGUUUACUAUUAGUAAUUGUCGAGUGUGA